GAUAGUAACUCUUCUACGUCUCUCUCUCUCUACAAUUACUCUUGGAGAGCAUCUCUUUCUAGAAUAUUGAGUAUUGCUGACUUGAGCAUCGGAGUGUUCUCUCCGAAAAAACACCCUCAAGAAUUUCAGGUGUAGAAGCAGCUGAGGACUUCAAUAGUAUUGGACCACAAAGCUGCCCAAACAAUGGCUAUGGUGCUUUGUCACUCCCCAUAUCUGUUAGGUACAUUUAAAGAACUAAUUUAUAAGACAAAAAUUACUUACCAGUACAUUCAAUCUUGGUUAAAAAUUUGGACUAUUUUUCAAUUUGUGCCUGUCAUCCUUGUCCAAUUUUAACAUGUACAUAAGCAUAAGCUUUUCCUUCUACAUGCUCACUCAGAACAACAUAAAUUGCAAAUUGUUUCGCAAAAAGAGCAGACUCGCCCGCCCAACAUGGAACAACUCACCCAAACGGAGAACAGAUUGAAAUCCUUUGAGGAUGGAGACUGCUUUCCAACCGCGACCACAACCAAGCCACUGAUACAAAGGGUUACGCACAUACUACUACGAGACAAUGAGGAUUUCCAACGGUACUUCAAACCAAUUUCUGUUGCAUUCGGUCCCCUCCACCAUGACCAUAGUCCUGAUUCAAAACUCCAAAGAGGUGAGAAGAGCAAGCUACAAAUGGCGGCAAAGUUCAUCAAGUAUAGUGGGAAGGAGAAGGAAGACUUCUACACAAAAAUCAAGGAGAACAUUAAUAGCUUGAGGGAGUGCUAUGACAGCAAGGAGAUAAAGACAUGGUGUGAUGAGUGCUUGGCCUGGUUGUUCCUUAUGGAUGGUUGCGCAGUGUUGUUCUUCAUACUCCAUGAGGCCACUGACAAUCUGGACAAACUUGGAGCUAAGGAUGAUCUGCUCGCAUAUGUGAAGAUGGAUUUGUUCUUGCUUGAGAACCAACUACCGUACCAACUGCUUCAGAUAUUGAUGAACCUUUGCACUCGAGUUCCUCCUCUUUGUAAUCCCCAGGAUGAAAAAUAUAAAAAUAAAUCUGCUGCCGAGAUAUUGAAGGCGUCCAUCACCGCCUUCAUCAAUAAGAAUGCCAUGAGUCUAUUUGGGCAGGAGCAGCCUAUAAAAAAUUCAAAACAACAGCAGCAGCAGCAGCAAGAACAGCAAACAGCAGCAGCAGCAACAACAACAACAACAGAAAUAAGGAUUGAUACUCAACAAGAUGAACCUGCUCAUCUUCUGGAACUAUUGUGGAGAAGAAUGACCAAAUCAGAGAAAGAUAAGGAAUCAGAUGGAACCAUAAGUAAGCUCCUGAAAAAGUUGUGCCCUUGCAGUGAAAAGGGAUCAGAUGGAACCACGAGCAAGGGCAUUUCUUCUAACAGCAAUUCUGGUGAUAAGAAAAGAAAUUGGAGGCCCACAUUUCGAAGCGUAAAAGAGCUGAAUGAAAAGGGGAUUUGGCUUAAAGUUAGCAAUUCAAGCAGUAUCGAGGGCAUUUCCAGUGUCGAGGACAUUUCCAGUAUCGAGAACAUUUCUUUCCAAGAAUAUUUCUUCUGGGCAACCCUAAAGCUGCCUCCCAUCACCGUGGACAACUUCACUUGGCCCAAGUUGAUGAACUUGAUAGCGUACGAGAUGUGUCCAGAUUUCAAAAACAGCUUUAAGAUCAGCUCCUAUGUGUCCUUCCUUGACUCCUUGAUUGAUCAAAGGGAGGAUGUGAAGCUAAUGAGAGACGCCAAUGUGCUGUACAACGGACUAGGAAGUGACAAAGCCGUAGCGUUGCUGUUCAACAAGAUCAGCAAAAACCUGGUGUCGGAUUUUUGGCUGCAGCACUCCGAUUUGAAACAUCAAAUCCAAGCACACUGCAACAACAAUUUUGCCACCUCCAUGGCUCAACUCUAUCACAUCUAUUUCAGGAGCCCCUGGAGCAUAUUGGUCUUCUUCGGUGCCCUGCUGGGUCUUGGUUUGACAGCUAUGCAGACUUAUGAGGCCUACUAACAGUAUCCACCUCCGCCAGGUCCAUUCU